AUGACUUGCCUUAAGGCUACAGCGACUUUUAUUUUGCUGAGUGGCAUGUUCUUACUAAUAGCCAAUAUAUUCUCUGGCGUAGGUGUUGAACAUACUCCUAAAUUCAAAGAACCAAUGCAAAUUGAACAAAAAGAGCAAGACGAAAAUCUAUUUAGGAACGGAACUACAAAAUAUGAAGGAUGGGCUAGGCAUCCAAUAUGGAGAUAUAUGCGAAGCUUUGUCAAAGCUAACCCAUUGAGGAUCAAAGAAUGGGAUUAUUACGCAACUUACAUUGCCCCAUUAAAUAUUUACAUAUGCACAACAGUUUCUGAUUUAGGAUACAUCGGAUUGUAUUCUUUAUCAGUCAUCGAUCUAAACGAAAAGAAAUUUUCCCAAAAAGAUAGAUUUACACCACUCCCAUUAGGCACAAUUAGACUUCCACCAACAUCCCUUCAUGAACACACUCUUACGUAUAAUGGAAUUGGCCUCCAAAUGAGAAUACAAAAAUAUCAUCACGUCAGAAGACUUCAAGUUAAUUCUAGCGGAAUAGUUUUACCAAAUGGACAAAAAGGUAUCUAUAUUGACCUUCAUAUGCAUCAUCCUACAGGCAAUGAGUCGUUAAAUAUUCAAACAUCUUGGGCUCAUAACAGAUAUAACUUUUACAUGAAUGAAAAAGUCAAUGGCAUGCCUACAUAUGGCUCCGUUGUAAUGGGUGAUCAAACUUAUAACAUUACGAACGGUUCUUAUACAGUGCUUGAUUUCGGUCGUGGUUAUUGGCCAUAUUCAAGCACUUGGUACUGGGGAAGUGCAACGGGCGUUCUUGAUGAUGGCCAAAAGAUCGGUUUCAACCUCGGAUAUGGAUUUUCUGAUAGAACACCAGCUUCAGAAAAUUGUAUCUUCUACAAAGGCAAGAUUCAUAAACUAUCUGAAAUAGAAUUCCAUAUUCCAAGCAACCCGAUGGAUACAUGGACUAUUACAAGUGAUAAUGGCCACUUUGAAGGAAAAUUCACUCCAAUUGUUCUUCGCCAUGCUGAUAGUAAUUUGUUAGUUCUCAGAUCCCUCCAGAAUCAGUACUUUGGUAAUUAUUCAGGAACUUUGAAACUGACAAACGGGCGCGAAAUUAAGUUUGAAAAUAUUCCUGGAUUUGCUGAAAAGGUUUAUAGUAGAUGGUAA